UAAUCUCUGUUAAACCCACUGUAAAAUUCAAGACAAUUAUCAUUUUCUUUCUAUAUUUUCAGAGGAAACUAAAUAGAUCCAUAAAUUCUGGAGAAUGACUGGGAAAAUGACAUACUUAUGUGACAGGGGAACGAUGACAAUGAGUUGCAGGGAUGGAAAACUUCACAAUCACUCAGCUGAUUUUGGCGCCAAAUCAGCUGAUUAUUGCGCUUCCGCUCUCAGCAUUGAAAACGCGGGAAACAUCGGUGACCAUGGUAUAGGUUCUGAAAAAUGUGAAAAUGGUAAGCCGGCUAAAAAUGCCCAACGCCCUAGAUUACCUCUACCUAAGAUAAAGCCCAUUCACAGGGCGGAUACUCGAACUAUUCUAGAGAGAUUAGAAGCCAGGCUCCAGGAUAUAUCUAGAUCCCAGAGGGUUCUGUACAGCCUGGUUACUGAAUGUUCAAACCGGUCUAAUCUAGUUUAUCAACAAAACUCAUUUAUUAUCAAUCAUCUGAAAAUCAGGACUGGAUUAAGACUCCUCCCUUCCCCCCUUCCAGGUCAUUUUGUUGCUCAGAGCAGAAUGAAAAUACUCUUUGCAACGCAGCAGCAAGAUAUGAUGAUUGUUCAACCACAAUUAUAAAAAGUCGAUCAAAAGUAUGA